AUGAUGCAAGGAUUAGAAUCUCUCAACUACCAGCAGCUUUCCGGAAGGGCACAGGGGAAGGGGAUAGCACGGGCUGAUGACUUUCCCGGUAUGGUGGGAGCAUCAUCUGGGGGGCUGUCUCAUAGGCUAGCUAUGGAUGAAGGAAGUAUGCUCAUGGGUCAAGGGGAGGCUGGCGUGGAAGGGAUUGCAAGCGGCUCUGGCAUGAGCAGAUUCUUGCAGUACCACCAUAGCCUGGAUCAUUCGACGCUUACCCGCACACUGUCAGGCCACGUCAUCAUGCCGUCUGGCCACAUCAGCAUGUCAGACAGAGCGUACCUGCAGCAGCCGGCCGGUACCUCGUUCCAGAGCCUGCUCACUGCGCCGGAGGAGAGGGGUCUACCCGGCUGGCCUGAGAGAGGUCUAGCCUUCGAUGCCGCCCCGUUGGGUGGUGGUGGUGGUGGUGGUGCGUCCAGUGCGGGCAGUGCGGGCCUGACUGACGCCAUGCUCUGGUCUGCCAGUCUGCAGAGGGAUCUCCGAGCGGCAGGCAGGCUGGGGGGAAUUGCCAGAAUGGAUUCUGGUGAAGCUCUGGCUGGUGGGUCUCAGGCACAGCAGCAUCAAGAGGGGGGUCUCGAGCAGCAGCAGCAGCAACAGAAGCGUCAGGUAGAGCAAGGCAUGGGAGGUGCGGGUGGUGAUGGUAAAACUACUGAGGGAGAGGGUGGGGUGUUGGGCGUUGGUGCGGAUGGGGCACAGGGGGGUGAUGCAGGAGGGGUUGGUGGGGGGACACAGGGUGGAGUGGAGGGGGGCGGUGAGGGGAAGGGGAGUGGAGGAGCAGCAGAGGGGGAGGGGGGAGAUGGUGGAUUGCAGCGGUCGUCGCGGCUGCCCCCUUGGGCGAGGAAGCAGCUUCAGCAGUCAGGGAGAGCCCUCGGGGGCGACCCUUUCCGUGUCUCAUCGCCUCGACUCGCCUCCUCUCCCCAUCUCUCCUCCCAAUUCUCUUCCCCUCUCUCUUCCCCUCACCUGCCCUCCCCCCUCUUCUCACCCGGCCAGCCUUCUCCGUUCUCCUCCCCUUGCUUCUCCCACCUCCCCUCCCCCCGCCUGGCCGAAUUCCAACGCCUCUCCAUCUCCAUCCCCCCCAGCCCUCCCCCCUUCGGCGCACACUCCCCCAUAGGCGCAUACGCGCCCAUGGGCGCGUCCUCCCCCUCUUCCAGAACCCCUGGCUCCUUCCCCUUCCCAGCGCAUUCCCCCCUCUCUGGGGGCUUUCCUUCCGCCAGCCCCACUGCCCCUUCCCUGGCCAAGCUCUCCCCCAGUGUGGCCGCAAGCAACCGCAGCAAGAGGAGGCUCGCCCUGCGCGCCCACCACCUAGGGGCGCAUAUCCCUGGUAGAGGGCGGCACACAGGGGGAAGGGCCCCCGCGCAUGGGGGAUCUCUGGGGUCCCCAAGGGGGAGUGGGCGGAUGGGGCAGCAGAGGAUGAGAGUUCAGGGCACGUCUGGGGGAUUGAGUGUGGGUGGAGAAGGGGUUGGAGGGAUGGGGCACGAGCAGGGGGCGGUGGGUGCGGGGCAGCAGAUGAGUCCAGGGCAGGUGGCGGUGCAUGGGAAUGUGAGUGGCAGCAGCAGCGGCGGUGGCGUUAUCGGUGGCAGCAGGCUGCGACCACAGGCUUCACUGACCGAGUCAGAAGGCAGGGAAGUGAGGGCCUUGUGUCUGGAGCCAUUAACUCGCAGGGGGUCUCUCACCCGGUCUGAAGGAGAGGGCAGCGGAGGCAGUGGCGGCAGCAGGGGCACGGCACUGGCACUGCCACGCAGGAUCUCCAGCAUGGAGGCCACCGGUGACGUGGCAGGACCUGCUGACGUGGAUGGCGGUGCUGACGUGGAUUCCAAGUCGGGUGGCUCUGCUGGCAGCACGCCAAAGCAGCUGCAAGGCGUGUCCAAUCAGGAUCUCUCUCCAUCCACAGGCACUGGCUUCCGUGGCUAUGGCUCUAAGAGCAAGUCGAUUGGUGUCCUGUUUGAGAAGCUGCUUACAGCGAGCGAUACUAGCCAUCUGGGCAGGGUCGUGCUUCCCAAGGUGCCGGCAGAGCGAUUCCUGCCACACGUGGAGAGCAAGGAGGGAAUCCUUAUAAUCGUGGAGGACUCUAUUGGCGGCCAGUGGUGCUUCAGAUACAGGUUUUGGCCCAACAACCGGAGCAGGAUGUAUGUGCUGGAGCAUGCAGGCGACUAUAUUCGCAAGUACGGCCUCACAGCAGGAGACACGAUCAGCUUUCUGCGCUCCGAGUUUGGCCAUCUGAUGCUGAAGGAGCAGAAAGCGCCACCAGCAGUGCUCGCCGCCCCUCCCACCGUCGCCAGCCCAUCCAUCCUCGCUGCCCCCACCACUCCCGCACCCGUCCUCGCCCUCUCCACGCACCCUGUCCCUCUCUCUUCCGUCCCCAUCACCCCUCGAAACACACUCCCUGCCACCGUACCUAUCACCCUUUCGCGAGCCCCUCUCUCUGCUCUUCCUACUGUCUCUAGCAUAACACAGGACAUCCUACCCCAGUUCCCACCUCCCCCCACCACCUCCUCCUUCGGUUUCCUCCAGCACAGACCAGACCUGCGUCCUCAGCCCCACUCCCUCCCUUCCCCACAGUCCCUCCUUCUCUCGCACUCACUCCCUCACACCCACUCCAUAGAUCGCUUUCAGGGGAGUAUCAUGCCGGGAAAUGAGCAGCAGAUAGAAAGCGUCCUGCUUCCUACCCAGGGCCCACUGCCGAUGGACCCCCAGAAACCCUCCUCCGAGAGGCACACGCCCCGCCCUCUCAGGCUGCUUUCCGUGCCUUCCCUGCCUAGGACCCCAACUCUUCCACCUGAGAUUGAUGGGUCGUCUGCUGCUGGUGGGUCCGCAACUGCCACUGAUACCGCUGCUGCUGCUGCUGCUGCUGCUACUGCUGCCACUGCCUCUGCUGCUGCUGCUGCCGCGGCUGCCACCGCCCCUGCUCCUGCUGCUGGUGGUGAUGGCGUUGGUGCUGGUAGGAAUGGAGGUGCGCAGGAGGGUUUCAGGCCCAAUUUGGUGCAGAAAUCGGUGGGUGAGUUGGGAGGACGUAUGGGAGGGACACAGGAGCAGGCACAGAAGGUAGCAGAGGGAGGAGCAGCAGAGGCAAGUAUAAGUGGCGCUGCGAACGUGGACUUGAAGGAGGGUUUCGAAGGGAGCUGGCAGACGGCUGUUGCUAUGGCCCUGCUCCCUGGCGAUCGGGGCUAUGAGGAGCCUACUCGUGGUUUCGGGCAGCCAAGCAGUGGCUUUGAAGACCCUAACCACAGCUAUCACGUGCCGAGCGGCCGCAAUGUGCAGGAUCAGGAGAAUUCUAUUGUUGGCCAGUUGCAGUAUUACGGGGAUUUGGUGGGGGGAAUGGCGAGGGGGGACGAGAAGGAAAUGGAUAGAGGCGGGAGGGCGAUGGAAGAGGAGGGGUUUGCAGUGAUGGGUGCUGGAUUGGGCGAGACGGAAGCAGACCGGCCUGGACACAUGGGAAAUCAUCUGGAUGCCCUUAUGGAGGAUGCAGAGGCGGAGGAGGCAUUGGUCAUGGCUUGCCAAGUCAUGGCUGUCAACCAGGUUGAACACUCGUGCCUGUUGCACGCGCUUAUGCUGGCAGCACGCUUGUCGCAUAAUGUUGUCCAGCUGUCCACGAGCGUCGCAGAGCAGUCUGGCUGCAACUGCUGGUGUCUAUUGCAGGAUCGCAAGUCAUACCGCUCUUCCUCGCCUCCGCCUGUUUUCCGUCGUCGAGCUGUCGCACAUCCUGCUGUCGCUCAUCCUGUCGCCGUAUCAUGA